AUGCUUUGCGAUUCAAAUGAAUAUAUUGAUAAAAAUUCGUUAGAUACGUUUCGAAAUGAAUAUGAAGGUAGUGAACAUUGGUUAGCAAGAAGAAAAUUUAUCGAAAGACAUAUCAAUGAUUAUAAGAAGAAUCGAUUAUUAUGCCUAUCGCAGAUAUUUAUUAAUAUCAAUUUUCUUGGAUGCUGGCUAGUAUUUUUGCUUUUGAAAGCACAAAUGACUGAAAAUGUUUUAUCCAGUAAUCCAGUAUUAAAUCUCAAUACAGUGACAUCAAAUGUUAAAACUACUUGGGAUAUUGUUGAAGAUGCUAAUGGUAAGACAAUCCUUCGUGUAAACGAAGUGGUUAUAUUAAGAAGCCGAAUCCCAGCAGCAAAUAAGGCUGAUUCCAAGCAGUACGCAGCGAUUUCAGCUCUCGAAGCCAUUUCGAAGGAGGACUCUGAAAUUAGACCAAUUAAUAAUAUAUUUGAACUAUGGCAUGCAUCCAUUGGACCAGAACAGUAUUAUGAAAAUUUCAUUAUGAGGAUGUUGCUUAAAGCAAAGGACAAAAUACCUCACGAAGGAGAACCAUUUACAAGAUUACAACUUGCAUUUGAUACAUUACAGAUGCCUAUCACAUAUGUAAAGGAGCGAGGAAUAGGAUGGAACCAGACCAUAUCAUUAAGGGUACAAAAUAUUGAAUUGGCAAACAUAGUUCUAACAAAAGGUGACUGUGCUCCAUCAAAAGAAAAUGAGAAGAAACAGGAACUCGCUUUCAAGGCAGUUAAAGUUAUUAUGCAAGCAAACAACCUUGAACCAUUACUGCUACCAAAUUAUAAUUAUUUUUUUUUAAAAAACACGAUUAAUUGA